CGGAGGGUGGAGGUGUAGGAGCGCACACAAGGUCUAACCCAGUCAUCUUGGAGACCCAAAGGAUUGUAAAAUUGGAAUUCUUGCUAAAGGCUGUGGAACACUGGUGUAGAAGAUUUGGGCUUGGUUUCUUUUAGUCUUUUUUCCUGGGAUUCAGACCGUGUAGGUGAAAGGGAGCAGAAGAAACAUGGAUUCCAGUGGAGGGCCAGCCCUGGCCUCGUUCAUCAUGAACGAAGAGGAACUGAAGAGGAAGCAACGGGAGAAGCUUAAGAAGCUACAGGCCACCGGUGGGAACCCCCGGCCUGCCCGCUCCCUCUUCUUCUUCACUCUCAAGAACCCCUUCCGAAAGACCUGCAUCAACAUUGUGGAGUGGAAGCCCUUUGAGAUCAUCAUCCUACUGACUAUCUUUGCUAACUGUGUGGCUCUUGCUGUGUUUCUGCCCAUGCCAGAGGACGAUACCAAUUAUACCAACUCCACCUUGGAAAGCUUGGAGUACAUCUUUCUGAUCAUUUUUACUCUGGAGUGCUUCCUAAAGAUAGUAGCGUAUGGGCUUUUAUUCCAUGAAGGUGCUUAUUUACGGAACUGCUGGAACAUAUUGGACUUUGUCAUCGUGUUUAUGGGGCUCUUUACUUUGGCAGUGGACACAAUCAACGCAAUAGCAGGGGUCCCCACAGAGAAAGGAGGAGGGUUUGACAUGAAAGCUCUUCGAGCCUUUCGAGUGCUUCGGCCUCUUCGACUUGUCUCUGGAGUUCCUAGCCUACAAGUAGUGAUGAACUCCAUUCUGAAGGCUAUGCUGCCGUUGUUUCAAGUCGUUCUGCUAGUCUUCUUCUUGGUUACCUUGUAUGCCAUCAUGGGUUUAGAGUUGUUCAAAUGCAAGAUGCACAAGACAUGCUAUUACCAAGGCACUGACAUAAUUGCCUUACGGGAGAAUGAAGUAGCAUCCCCCUGUGCCCAGGCUGGCAAUGGCCGCCGCUGCACCAUCAAUGGGACAGAGUGCAGGGGAGGCUGGCCAGGUCCCAACUUUGGCAUCACCCAUUUUGAUAACUUUGGCUUUGCUAUGCUCACAGUCUUCCAGUGCAUCACAAUGGAGAGUUGGACUAAUGUGCUCUACUGGGUGAAUGAUGCUAUUGGUAAUGACUGGCCGUGGGUCUACUUUGUGACAAUGAUUCUGCUAGGAUCUUUCUUUGUCCUCAAUCUGGUACUUGGAGUACUUAGCGGUGAGUUCACUAAGGAGAGAGAGAAAUGUAGAUCCAGAGGUGAGUACCAGAAGUUACGAGAGAGACAGCAGAUGGAUGAAGAUUUAAAAGGUUACAUGGAAUGGAUCACACACGCUGAAGUCUUGGAUGUUGAUCAGGAAGGACGAGGUCUUCUUCCUCUGAAGGACAGUGGUUCGGAGACAGACAGCCUUUAUGAAAUGGAGAGUUUAAACCGUGUAGUAUAUUACUAUCGCCUGGCACGUCGCUGGAAUCGAGUCCUUCGGCUGAAGUGUACUGUUUGGGUGAAGUCGAAAGUGUUCUACUGGCUGGUGAUCCUGGUGGUGUUCCUAAACACUCUGGCCAUUGCCUCUGAGCAUCACCCCCAGUCUGAUUCGAUGACUCAGUUUCAAGAUAUUGUGAAUAAGAUCCUGCUGACCUGUUUUGCAAUUGAGAUGUUUGCGAAGAUGUACGCCUUUGGCUUCCGUGCCUACUUUAUGUCUAUCUUCAAUCGAUUUGACUUCUUCGUUGUGACUGUGGGCAUACUGGAGAUCAUCUUGGUUUCAGCAAAUUUCAUGACACCACUGGGCAUCUCUGUAAUGCGGUGUAUUCGACUCUUACGUGUGGUGAAGGUCACAAAGUACUGGAAAUCUCUCAGCAACCUUGUGGCCUCUCUGGUAAACUCAGUGCGUUCCAUCGCCUCCCUUCUCCUCUUGCUCUUUCUCUUCAUCGUCAUCUUCUCUCUUCUGGGCAUGCAAGUCUUUGGUGGCAAAUUCAACUUCCCAGACAGGGACAUUCAGCGCAGCAACUUUGAUAACUUCCCACAGGCUCUCAUCAGUGUGUUCCAGGUCCUGACUGGAGAGGAGUGGGAUUCUAUCAUGUACAAUGGAAUCAUGGCUCAUGGUGGACCAAGUUUCCCUGGAAUUCUUGUCUCCAUCUACUUUAUCAUCCUGUAUGUCUGUGGAAACUUCAUCCUCUUGAAUGUGUUCCUUGCCAUUGCUGUGGAUAACCUAACUGAAGCUGAAAGCCUUUCCACAGCACAAAAGGAGAAAGAGGAGGAGAAAGCUAGGAAGAAGCUCUUGAGAACAGCUCCGCCACAAAAGAGUGAGGAAGAAAAAGCUCUGAUGGUCAAGAGGCUGAUGGAGGCCAAACAUAAAACUGAAGGCAUGCCCACAACUGCAAAGCUUAAGGUGGAUGAGUUUGAAUCGAACGUAAAAGAAGUGAAGGAUCCAUUUCCUCCUGCUGACUUCCCAGGUGAUGAUGAAGAGGAAGAGCCUGAGAUUCCUAUCAGUCCAAGACCAAGGCCUAUGGCUGACUUACAGCUCAAAGAGACAGUGGUGCCCAUGCCCGAAGCCAGUGCCUUUUUCAUCUUUGGCCCACAGAACAAGUUCCGUAAGCUGUGCCACAGAUUUAUUAAUGCAACCCCCUUCACCAACUUCAUCCUCCUCCUCAUCCUCCUCAGCAGUAUCUCUCUGGCUGCUGAGGACCCCAUUGACCCCAAAUCAUUCAGAAACAAGAUCCUGGCUUAUGCCGAUAUUGUCUUCACAACAGUUUUUACCAUUGAGAUUGUGCUGAAGAUGCUGGUGUAUGGAGCCUUCCUGCAUAAGGGCUCCUUCUGCCGGAACUCCUUCAACAUCCUGGAUCUGAUUGUUGUUGCCGUUUCACUCCUGUCUAUGGGACUAGAGUCCAGUGCCAUCUCUGUGGUUAAGAUUCUCAGGGUAUUGAGGGUUCUGAGGCCACUGCGGGCCAUCAAUAGAGCCAAACGGGUGAAGCAUGUGGUCCAGUGUGUCUUUGUGGCCAUUCAAACUAUUGGCAAUAUCGUUGUGGUCACUCUGCUCUUGAACUUUAUGUUUGCUUGCAUUGGAGUCCAGCUCUUCAAGGGCAAAUUCUACUCUUGUACAGAUCCACUGAAACUGACUGAAGUAGAAUGUCAGGGAACAUUUGUGAAGCAUGUGCGGAACACACUCCAUGAAACCGAGGUCCACCAGCGGCAGUGGAUCAACAACAGCUUCAACUUUGAUAAUGUGCUGAAUGCCAUGCUAGCGCUCUUCACCGUCUCAACAUUUGAGGGAUGGCCGGAAUUGCUCUAUAAGGCUAUAGACUCAGAUGCGGAAGACAGGGGCCCAGUCUAUAACAACCGUGUGGACACCGCCUUAUUCUUCGUCACUUACAUCAUCAUUAUUGCUUUUUUCAUGAUGAACAUCUUUGUGGGCUUUGUCAUUGUCACUUUCCGUGAGCAGGGAGAGCAAGAGUACAAGAACUGUGAGCUAGACAAGAACCAGCGUCAAUGUGUACAAUACGCUCUGAAGGCUCGCCCCCUCCGCUGCUACAUCCCUAAGAACCCUUACCAGUACCAGAUCUGGUACCUGGUGACCUCGUGCUACUUUGAGUACCUCAUGUUCUUCCUCAUCAUCCUCAACACUCUUUGUCUGGGAAUGCAGCACUGUAACCAGUCAGACCACAUAACCAAGCUGUCAGAUACUUUAAAUGUCAUCUUUACAGUCCUUUUUACAAUUGAGAUGAUUGUCAAGCUUAUUGCCUUCAAAGCAAGGGGUUACUUUGGAGACCCUUGGAAUGUGUUUGAUUUCCUCAUUGUGGUCGGGAGCAUCGUGGACGUCGUCCUCAGUCAGGUUGAUGCUGCUCUGGAGUCCAGUGGUGGACUGUACUGCCUCCACGGCUGUGCUGAAACAAACCCAAUGCAGGCCAUUGCUUAUGAAGAAAAUGCUCGUGUAUCGAUCACCUUCUUCCGACUCUUCCGUGUGCUGCGUCUGAUAAAGCUUCUGAACCGCUCCGAGGGCAUUCGCAACCUGCUGUGGACGUUUAUUAAGUCGUUCCAGGCUUUUCCUCAUGUGGCCCUCCUCAUAUUAAUGCUCUUCUUUAUCUAUGCUGUCAUAGGGAUGCAGGUGUUUGGUAAGAUAGCUCUGGUGGAUGGCACGGAGAUCAAUCGCAACAACAACUUCCAGACAUUCCCACAAGCCAUUCUGCUAUUGUUCCGAACUGUCACGGGUGAGGGGUGGCAGAAGAUCAUGCUGGCCUGCAUGUCUGGGAAGCGUUGUGAUCCAAAAUCAGAAUUCGCUCCUGGAGAGGAGUACAACUGUGGAACCAACUUUGCUGUUUUCUACUUCUUGAGUUUCAACAUGCUGUGUGCCUUUUUGAUUAUCAAUUUGUUUGUGGCUGUGAUUAUGGACAACUUUGACUACCUCACCCGUGAUUGGUCGAUUCUCGGUCCACACCAUCUGGAUGAGUUCAAGAAGAUCUGGGCGGAGUAUGAUCCUGAGGCGACGGGCCGGAUUAAACAUCUUGAUGUGGUGACUCUGCUCCGAAGGAUUCAGCCGCCACUGGGAUUUGGUAAAUUCUGUCCUCACCGCUCUGCUUGCAAGCGACUGAUUUCCAUGAACAUGCCCCUGAACAGCGAUGGAACAGUCACCUUCAAUGCUACAUUGUUUGCUUUAGUCAGAACAGAUCUAAAGAUUAAAACUGAAGGAAACUUUGAACAGGCUAAUGAGGAGUUAAGACUUAUUAUUAAGAGCAUCUGGAAACGGACCAGUAUGAAACUUUUGGACCAGGUCAUUCCACCUAUUGGAGAGGAUGAAGUGACUGUUGGAAAGUUCUAUGCCACCUUCCUGCUUCAGGAACACUUCCGUAAGUUUAUGAAGCGCCAAGAGGAGUACUAUGGUUACCGGCCUACAAAGAAGAGCGCAGCAGAGAUUCAGGCUGGUCUGCGCACCAUUGAAGAAGAAGCUGCCCCUGAGCUCCACAGGGCCAUCUCAGGAGACCUCAUUGCUGAGGAUGAGAUGGAAAGAGCCACAGAGGGAGGAGAGGAAGGCAUCUACAGGCGAACUGGUGGUCUGUUUGGUCUGACCAGCACAGACCCCUUUGCAUCUGAGCCCAGCAGUCCCACGUCAGCUCAGACCAACCAGCGGCCCUUGCAGUUCUCUGAGUCUCGCCCAGAGGAUGUUGAGUCUCCUCCUGACUCUGUCUUUCUCCCCAACACUGAGUUCUUCUCUACAACACCAACCAGAACUAACACCAACAAUAACGCAAAUUUCACAGAGGGAUUCAUGAUAGAGCAAGAAUCAGCUGUUGGAACCAGAGACCAAUCCUUUGAAGAUUUAAGAGACUCCAGCAUGUUCCUCAGCGGAGCCUCAUCCAUCAGAGAUGCUGAUGACAGAAGCCAGUCAAAUUACACUGUCAGAACUGAUAUUACACAGUUCCCUUCAUAUGGUCAGCCAAACACUCAAAAAGCAACAGAGUCAUCAGCCACUGACCAACUGAUCCAGCAGACAUUGAGAGACGAUGGCCUUGACACCCUGGCUGAAGACCCUAAGUUUGUGUCCGUGGCUAAGAAAGAGAUGGCAGAAGCCCUGAAUAUCAGUGUAGUAGAUAUGGAGGGAGUCGCCAAGGGAAUGCUGAAUGAUCGGAGUGGGAAACCAGUGAAACGUAAAAGACGUCCCAUCCCAGUUCCACCCAGUGCCAAGCCUGCUGAGCCGAAGGACACCACCACUGCAGUGUAGACCUUUACCCAGUGUAAGAUACAUUGAGUUCCAAAGCCUGUUCUGGAAACACAAAGUCCACCAGCCUCACUAAAUGCUGUAUCACAUGUUGUUGACUGGUUGUUUUCUAAACAAAAACAAAGAUGGCGUCUCUUUCAAAAAUGUAGUUUGUUUCGUAGAAAUAAAAAUGUAAGAGGACACUUGGCCAACAUAGAUCUUUGUUGAGUUAUUUUUGCCAUCCAUGCCAAUGAGUGGCAGAAGCAGCAACUGUGUGACUGCAGAUUAGCCCAGUUGAGGUGUGGCACUGUGUUUACUUUAGUAUGGGUCAUUUGAGUUAAUGAGCAUUGUCUUCGGUGCCCAAAAGAACCAAGGAGCAGAACUUGUUUCCUCAUUUUUUACAAGGCAGGACUGGACAGCUUCUUGCCUAUUGAAGCUAAUUCUUACAUAUUUCAUAUGUUAUGGGCAAGACAUUGCUCCUUCUGGGAGGGUAUGGACUAUGUCUUAAUUGAUCUUCCAGUACAUCUUUGAACAGUAAAUGUACUGAACAUAUUUGAGAGACAAGAUAUUGUGGUAAGAGUAUCUUUAUUAAUAUCUUCUUGUAUUUGAUUCACUCUGGAUGAUGCCAGUGGCACACAGCAGUGAGGCCGUGAUGAGAUUAAUGUGUAGGAAGAAUGUAAAAUUUGAUAGGUUAUUAUUGUUAUGAAUAUGGCUAACUCUUAUUUCUGUAACAUUAAGUGAAAGUGGUCACUGGUCCAUCCAUAACCGCAAGAAUAUAACGAAUGUUAAUUUUAACAUGUGUAAGUGUAUAAGGACGGGUUACAAAGAAUCAUUUUGAUAAAUGUUCUUCUGCUAAACGAAAGAAAAAAAAAUGCCCAAGUUUGACAGCCAGGGUAUGGACGUCUUCUGACUGGGGAUACACCUGCAUUACUGCAGUAAUGUUCUGCACAUUUUGGAGUGUGGACAGUGGACAGUUUGUCUCAUCUUUAAAGAAAUUCAGACUGUUUCAAACAUAUUGAGGCCUGAAUACAUUUGAAGUUAAAACUGUCAGUAUGUAAGUACUUUUGCACAAAUACUGCAAUCACAGAGAAACACAGAUCACACUGAAUACUGAAACUCUGGUUGCAGUCUGCUCUAUUUUAGCACAUCUAUAUUGCAAUAGAGCUUUAAAAAGCUUUAUUAACUGAUCUGACAUGCUAGGUUAGCUGCUCUAUACUAUUUUCUCCGCUGAUGUCUGUGGUCUGGACAGGCUGGAUUCCAAUGAGACCGAUUUCUCUAAACAUACAGUUUUUUCCUCAUGGAAUCAGCCACGAAAAUUUAAUUUGUUUUAUGAAACACUUUUGUAUUUACCAAACCUGUUCUCGGCCAUCUUUCGAAGUAUUUUGAAUAGAUGACAAUUACACUUCAUAGUAAAAAGGAGAAGAAAGAAGUAUUUCCAAGCCAGUCUCAGAUUCUGGAACUGCCAGGAUUUCCUUUCUAUUGUUAAGAAGACCUAUAGCAUUUAUUGUGAUGAACUGUUUGCACCCCUCUGUAACUAUAAUAUGAAUGUGAAGUAAAGCAGAGACCUGGACUCCUGAAAA